AUGGGAGACUCAUAUCGCCCGUCGCGACCUGCGCGCGACCGCCCGCGACCACUUGCAGACCGCAUGACGUUCACUGGUGGUGAUGGCGACAACUACCGACCAGGCGGUGCGCGCAACGGCAAUCAGUCCCAGUUCACCUUCGAGUCUAGUCACCCCGCUCCCCGCUUCCCGCCUGCUAGCGAUUCCAAUGUGCCGCGGGGUCCUUCCGGCUCUGCAUCAUCAAGAAGGCGCGGCCGUGGUGGGGCCUCGCGAGGCUCGUCUCGCGCGGACGGCAGGAACAACACGAACGGAUACCGUAGGGGUGGUUUCAAGAAAGCUGCCCCACACGAGCGCGCCCUUCUGACCCAUCGCGACGGCGGUAGUCCGGAACGCGCUCUAGGUGUUGCCGACGGCUCCAACCGGUUCCACAACCCAGAUGAUAUUUCUGACGACGAAGAGGCAGAUAUGCAGGUAGAGAGCGCGGAUUCUGCCGAUGAAGAUGGCGACGGCGACGGCGACGCUCGCGAGCCCAAGGCAGCCCGAACGCAAACCAAACGUGCUGAUGGCGAUUCUAUUCCUAAAUGGUCCAAUCCCGACCCGUACACCGCCUUGCCGCCUCCCGAUGAGACCACGGGAAAGAGAACCGACUUUGUCAAACUGAUCCGGAAGGCCAAGAACCAGGAAGCCGAGAAGGCCGCUGGACACAAUUCAGUUGUUGCCAACGACGAUUUCAUCUCGUUUGGUGACGAGGACGAUAGUCGCGACGCUGUUCAAGGCUCCUUGAGCGAGUUCGCGCAUAUUGACAGCAUUGUUGAUCGGCAACAGGCGGCUGUAGCUGAACAUCGGGCACCUCGUCCUGCGAGAAACAACAACAAACGCAAAGCCAAUCUGAGUGGUGUUGUGGACGAAUGGCUACCCGUUCCCAACGUCAAUCCAACGCCGUGGCUUCCCUCACGCGACCCGUAUGCGCAUCUCGCCAGCGAACCUGAGAAAUGGCUUCAUAACGAGAUACUCGACUUCUAUGACUUCGUCGCACCAAAGCCCUUCGAGCACGAACAACGUAACCGGCUAGUCAACCGCGUUAACAGCGCUAUGGGACAACGCAGGUUCCCUCAAGAAAACGGACGCAUCUUGUGUUUCGGCUCCUUCCCUGCGGGUCUUUACUUGCCCACGGCCGACAUGGAUCUGGUAUAUGUCUCGGAUAGGCACUACAAUGGUGGAGAACCCGUUGUCGACAUGUCCGCGAGGGGGGCCAACAAGAGUCUGCUCUACAAGGCAGCCAGAAGGCUUAAAGACACAAGGUUGGCGGCCAACAACAACGCACUGGUCAUCCCUGCGCGCGUUCCCAUCAUCAAGUUCGAAGACGAGCUCACCAAGCUUCAAGUUGACAUUUCGUUCGAGAAUUUGAGCGGAGUGCAAGCACAAGCGACAUUUGCACAGUGGAAGCAGCAGUACCCCGAUAUGAUAUACAUGGUGGCACUCAUGAAGCAGUUUCUCGCCAUGCAUGGCUUGAAUGAAGUCCACACUGGCGGGAUUGGAGGGUACAGUAUCAUUUGCUUGAUCGUCAGCUACAUUCAGCAUUCCCCUAAACCGGACAACCUCGGAGAAUGUUUCCUAGGAUUCCUCAAGUACUAUGGUGACUUUGAUCUAUCCCGCAAACGCAUCCAGAUGCAUCCUCCUGCUAUCAUUGAGAAGACGAACUAUGGUAUCGAUGGCCGCCCCGAAAAAUAUGACGGCCUGUCCAUCCAGGAUCCUAAUCGCCCAGAGAACAAUAUUUCCGGUGGAUCCCACAAGGUUCAGAUUGCCUUUGACGCUUUCAAAGAAGCGUACUUUACCCUCAGCGAUCGUAUGCAGGCCGCUCGCUCGGGACAGAAUAUCGGACCCAGCAUUCUCGAAUGCGUUUUUGGUGGCAACUACGAGACAUACACCAAGCAGCGAGCCCACAUGAGAAGCCUCAAGUGA